GUCAACUAACUGCUCAGCGUGAGAAGCCGAAGUCGUAGCUUUCGCCUAUUGACGGCACAAAAAUAAACCCCGUUUCUGGAGGGAUUUAAACGAUUUGGGGAUAUUUUUAUCAACUUUUAAGCAAGACCAAGUUAACGGUUACAUUUAAAGGGCGUUUUCAGAUCUGAAACAGAAGACGCUCCUUUAUCAUGGCAUCGACUCAGAUAUCAGCAGCCAAAAAAGAUGAAAAGGGCAGAAAUAUACAAGUGGUUGUACGAUGCAGACCCUUCAACACAGUGGAGCGUAAAUCUUCCUCUCAUACCGUUGUUGAUUGCGAUCAAAACCGAAAAGAGUUGACAGUCCGUACUGGAGGUGUCACAGACAAAGCAGCCAGAAAAACAUACACAUUUGACAUGGUGUUUGGCCCUUCAGCCAAACAAAUCGAUGUGUACAGAAGUGUGGUUUGCCCCAUUUUAGAUGAGGUCAUCUUGGGCUAUAACUGUACAGUCUUUGCAUAUGGACAAACCGGUACAGGAAAAACCUUUACUAUGGAGGGUGAGAGGUCACCCAAUGAGGAAUUUACAUGGGAGGAGGACCCUCUGGCUGGAAUCAUUCCCAGAACUCUUCAUCAGAUCUUUGAGAAACUCUCCAGUAAUGGUACAGAGUUCUCCGUGAAAGUUUCUCUACUGGAGAUUUAUAAUGAGGAACUGUUUGACCUGCUCAGUCCUACUCCUGAUGUCACAGAGAGAUUACAACUGUUCGAUGAUCCCAGAAACAAGAGAGGUGUGGUCAUUAAAGGCCUUGAGGAGAUCACAGUGCACAAUAAGAAUGAGGUGUAUCAGAUCCUGGAGAGAGGGGCAGCCAAGAGGAAGACGGCAUCCACUCUCAUGAAUGCUUACUCCAGUCGUUCCCACUCUGUAUUCUCUGUGACCAUUCACAUGAAGGAGAUCACAAUGGAUGGAGAGGAACUGGUCAAGAUUGGAAAACUGAACUUGGUGGAUCUUGCAGGUAGCGAGAACAUCGGGCGAUCUGGUGCGGUAGAUAAACGGGCACGUGAAGCUGGCAACAUAAACCAGUCUCUGCUGACUCUUGGUCGGGUCAUCAAGGCUUUGGUGGAAAGAGGACCUCACAUACCCUACAGAGAGUCCAAACUCACCCGUAUACUGCAGGAUUCCCUGGGAGGACGCACUAAAACUUCAAUCAUUGCCACAGUAUCUCCUGCAUCCAUCAAUCUUGAGGAAACUCUGAGCACAUUGGACUAUGCUAACAGGGCCAAGAGUAUCAUGAACAAACCAGAGGUCAACCAGAAACUGACCAAGAGAACGCUGAUCAAGGAGUACACUGAAGAGAUUGAACGUUUGAAAAGAGAUCUGGCUGCCACCCGUGACAAACACGGAGUGUAUCUCUCGCUUGAUAACUAUGAGAGCAUAAAUGGUAAACUGGUGUCUCAGGAAGAGCAGAUUACGGAGUACACUGAGCGUAUAGGUGCUAUGGAGGAGGAGUUCAAGAGGCUUCUGGAGUUGUUCACGGACAGCAAGCAGAAACUUGAACAGUGCACUGAGGAACUGCAGGAUAAGAGCCAAAAGCUGGACGAGACUCACAAGGACCUAACGGAGACCAGGCUUCGCCUGAAUCAGGAGGAGUACAUUACUGCAAAGGUCCAGAACAACGAGGGCCAGCUAUACAGCACGGCUGACCAGCUGUUGAGUACAGCUGAAGCCAGCACGCAGGAUGUUAGCGGCCUUCACGCUAAGUUGGAGCGAAAGAAGGAUGUUGAACUUCAUAAUGGUGAGGUACAGCAGACCUUUGCACAGUCCAUGGAGAACUGCUACAACAACAUGCAGACAACACUGCAGGAGCAGGGCAGCAAACACUCGGCCAUCAUUGACUAUUAUCGUUCAUCAGUGGGCGAGCUGCUGACUGUGAACAGCAAGGCGUUUAAGGAGACUUUAGGAGCUGUGUGUGAAUCGUACAGCAGUAUUAAAAGUGCUGUUGGAGAAGGUGUGGAGCGCUGUAAGGAACGAGUGCUACAGCAGGAGAAACUUUCACAGGAGGCUCAGAACAAUAUGCUAGAAAUACUGGAUGAACACAAACAACAUCUAGAGGAGGUUCUGAUUGCACAGGCAUUGCCUGGUAUCAGGUCCAUAAUGGCCAUGAAUGACAGUUUGAAGCAAACCCUUGACAGAUACCAUGCUCUGGCUGAACAGAUGCAAGGUCUGAAGACAGAAAUGAUGUCAUUUUUCAACUCCCAUGUUGAAUCGUUGGCCGGUAUGAGAAAGACUGCUGUGCACGGCUUCGGCGCUCUGCGUACUGAAAAUGACAAGCUCAAGGAACAGAUUAGCCAAGUUGGAAACAACCACCAGGCGCGCGUGGCCCAGUUGGUUCAGUGUUUGCAGGACCAAAUGAAUCUCCUGGCUUUGGACACUCAGACAGACUUUGAGGGGCUCGCACAGGCAACAUCUGCACAGAUCGUGCCCCUAGAAACGCUACAGAGCUCCAUACAGAGCAAGUGCAUAGCAUCAGAGGAGGACACCGUUUCUAUUCGUGGUCGUCUCGGUUCCUCUGUGGAUGGAGUGAUAGCUGAGAUGAAUGGAGCUACAGAAGAGGGAGAAAGGGCGCUAGAGGAAUGUGGCGGCUACUGCGGACACCUCCAGGCGUCUUUGGACUCUCUGGCUGAGUCGGGGCUCAAGUGGUGUCAUGAUGCCAAAGACUUGAUGGAGAAUAAAACUCAGGAACAGCUUAAGCAUAUCAAGGACACCGACACAGCUGUGCAAGAUCUGCUUAAGUCUGUAGAAGAAAAGGGAGAGAAAGCUGUCCGAGAUUGUGAAACUCGGGUAAGUCAAAUGCAGCAGGAAGUGGAAGGAAUCCUGGGUCGUGUGGAAAUCCAGACGGGCAAAGAUGAAACCACGUUACAAGAGCACAGAGAGAUCCUCUCAUCCAUCAACACUUUGGCACUAGACACCGUAAACAACUUCAUCAGUUCAGAGCUUCGACAAGAUUUACCAACAGGAACAACCCCUCAGCGUAAGGAGUACGUGUACCCGCGUGUGCUGAGCAAGCCAAGGAGCCGAGAAGAACUGGAGCAGGAGUUCAGAGCUCAACAGGAGGCGUUUCAGAGCGCUCUUCAGAGCCAGUGUGAGACUGUAGAAGAGGCAGAUGAGGAGAAACCUCUUGACCAGGACUCUCUGGAGGAUGAAGUCGAUGUUUCUAGUGAUGGAAACACAGCAGAACAGUCUGAUGAGAAUUUGAUGUGUUAUGAGAACGGAAGGGUUCCCUUCUUCAAGAAGAAAAGCAAGAAGGAAAAUGGCGGCAAUAAAUCUCUAAACCGUUCAAAGGUUGAGAAUGAGAGCUUGUGUACGCCACCCCGUUCAAAGCUACCACUUAGAUGUCAGAAUUAACAUCAGUUAUUUGUUUUUAUUGCUUAGUUUUAUGUGUCAAAUGGCAUUCUUUUAAGCUUUUGUAUCUUUCAACGUUAAGUGUCUGUCUUUCUUUCUUUCUUUCUUUCUUUUUCAACAUGAAUUGUCUGUCUUGACCCUUUUAUAUUUGUGUUGUUACCUCACUGUCACAGUUUUUAAUAAUAAAUAACUAAAGUUAAGGGUGAUCUUGUUACUUUAGUUUUUCACUAGAGUUUAGACUUUUUUGUAAACUGUUGUGUUUGUUGAUCUGAUUUAAAUACUAAAAGAAAUAUCCACUCCAUGUUUAAUAAAGUAUUUUAAAGUAUGGUUUGUUUAUCAGGUCUUAAUGUAUAAAGUUCUUCUUUUUUUUUUUUAUUAUAUUCACAGAGACACGGUGUAAUGUUGGUGCUUAUGUUUGCAGCUAUAUUUUCCUUAAUAUUCAAAUAAGCUCACAAGGUUAAUUAAAAAAAUAAGUUGAUCAGAGAGACAUUAUUUGUGCAUUUAAUAAAGGUUUAAAUC